AUUUUUUUUUUUCACUGUUUUAUUGUUCUGGCUGUCAAUCCAGUUUUGUUGUCAUUUCAUUAUCUUGACUGAUUGUUGACGACUUCUGGCAGUUUUUUUUUGGGGGUCUAGGAUGAGAGAUCUCUCGACAGUUUCGGGAAAUAUUUUUCAUAUACCAGGUGCGGAGUUUUUGAGAGGUGACAUCGUAAUUUAACAAUGGACAGUUUAUUCACUCAGAAUUUGAGUGACGAGCCAGACGAUAUCCCCCAGACUCAAGAGCCCGUGUGGAUUCUGGGGAGGAGAUAUAAUGCGAUCAAAGAGUUAGAUAUAAUACGUAGAGACAUACGAUCGAAGCUGUGGUUUACUUAUCGUAAGGGUUUUGUACCAAUUGGCGGCUGUAGCUCGACAUUUACGUCUGAUAAAGGAUGGGGCUGUAUGCUGAGGUGUGGACAGAUGGUAUUGGCCCAGGCCCUGGUUGCCUUACAUUUAGGACGAGACUGGCAGUGGACACCUCAAACUAGAGAUAGCACAUACUUAAAGAUCCUGAAUAAAUUCACGGACAAAAGGUCAACUCCUUUUUCAAUUCAUCAGAUUGCCCUGAUGGGGGCCUCCUCUGAGGGCAAAGAGGUUGGCCAGUGGUUCGGGCCCAACACAAUUGCCCAAGUACUAAAGAAAUUAGUAGUUUACGACGAUUGGAGCUCGUUAACAAUUCACGUGGCCCUCGACAAUACCCUGAUAAUUAAUGACGUUUUGAGACAGUGCAGGGUAGAUAGUGCAGCUACUGCUGAGGAAUCAGAUGGUGAGCCUCUGAGGGUUUCCAGCCAGUGGAAGCCAUUAUUGUUAUUGAUACCGUUGCGCCUUGGCCUGAGUGACAUCAACCCUGUCUACAUCAAUGGCCUCAAAACGUCUUUCAAGAUUCCACAGUCCCUGGGCGUCAUUGGGGGCAAGCCAAACCUCGCUCUGUACUUCAUAGGCUGCGUUGGUGAUCAAGUGAUAUUCCUGGAUCCACACACGACCCAGAGAUUUGGCUGUGUAGAACAGAAGAUCGAGCAGGAUGAGGUGGACCUCGAUCAAACGUACCACUGCAAGGCUGCCAGCAGAAUACCCAUCACUGGAAUAGAUCCUUCUGUUGCUCUCUGCUUCUUCUGUGCUACUGAGAAGGAGUUCAAGUCUCUCUGUAGAUCUAUGCAGAACGAACUCAUUACACCUGAGAAACAACCGCUCUUCGAACUCUGUGCUGAACGUCCAGCUCACUGGUCACCUCUAGAUGAUGUUGCUACUGAGGCCUUGGGGAUCACAUCAUCAAAUGUUCUAGAUUUUGAACGAUUAGAUCGACAGUAUGACACGUCAGACGAAGAUUUCGAGCUGCUCGGUUAAUGAAAAUCC